GGGGGGGUGAAAGGUCGUUACCAGGUAGAAGAUGGCGGCGGGGCUGUUGUGAGGAAGGCUGGAGUUUGGAUAUUGAGGUGGAUUACAGUCACUAUCGUGUUCGCCGAGGAAGUGCGAGAGGCACACCGCCAAGAUGGGGCGGCGGUCUACUAGCUCCACCAAGAGCGGCAAAUUCAUGAACCCGACAGACCAGGCCCGAAAGGAGGCCAGAAAGCGGGAACUGAAAAAGAACAAGAAGCAGCGAAUGAUGGUGCGAGCUGCUGUGCUCAAGAUGAAGGAUCCCAAACAGAUAAUCAAAGACAUGGAGAAAUUGGAUGAAAUGGAAUUCAAUCCUGUGCAGCAACCACAACUUAAUGAGAAGGUUCUGAAAGACAAACGGAAAAAGUUACGAGAAACAUUUGAGCGGAUCCUUCGUCUGUAUGAGAAGGAAAAUACUGAUUUUUAUAAGGAACUGCGGAAGCUUGAGACUGAAUAUGAACAGAAGCGAUCACAACUGUGCCAGUUCUUUGAUGCUGUCAAGAAUGCCCAACAUGUGGAGGUGGAGAGUAUUCCGCUGCCAGACAUGCCACACGCUCCAUCAAACAUCAUGAUUCAGGAUAUUCCUCUCCCUGGGGCUCAGCCACCGUCCAUAUUGAAAAAGACAUCAGCUUAUGGGCCACCCUCUAAACCUGUCACGCUUAUGCCUCCUCCUUCUCAUGGCGUUCCUCGAUUACCACCUGGUAAGAAGCCUCCUGGCCCGCCUCCAGGGCCACCACCACCUCAAGUGUUAGCACUUUAUGCAAGAAGGAUGGGUCCUCCUCCAGGCUUACCUCUGAAAGGAAAAGAUGAAGAUAAUAUUUAUGAUCCUGAGACUGCAAUUCAGGAUAUGCAGGAGGAGGAUGAGGAUGAUAGUGGGGAUGAUGAUUACACUGGAGGCAUGGAGCAGGAUCAGGAUGGAAAUCGGGAAGAUCAAGAUGAAGACAGUGAAGACUCAAAGGAUAAAGAUAGUGAUGAUGACGAUGACGAUUUUCGACAUCGAGAUGAAGAUGAUGAAAAUUUAAGAGGAGAUGAUGAUAAACCAGGGCGCAUUGUGCGGUUUGCUGAUGUGCACGACAAACAAAAGAGGAAGAAGAAGAAAAACCUGAAGGAGCUGACUCCCCUGCAGGCAAUGAUGCUUCGAAUGGCAGGUCAGGAUUUCCCUGAAGAAGAGGAGGAAGAGGAAGAGGAAGCCCAUACUGAGGGAGCUGCAGAAGAGGAAAAGAUGGAUACUGAAGAGCAGAAUCGUGAAAAGCGACAAAGAGAGGAAUCACGGCCAGAAGGACCGCAGGUUCCACCACCAACUCAGAUGCCCCCUAGGGCACCAAUGCAAGCCCCACCAAUGCCUGGACCUCCACCUCUUGGUCCUCCUCCUGCACCUCCACUGAGACCCCCAGGACCACCAUCUGGUUUACCACCAGGACCACCUCCAGGUGCACCCCCAUUCAUACGACCACCAGGGUUGCCUGGCAUUAGAGGGCCAAUUCCACGACUGCUUCCUCCUGGACCACCACCUGGGCGACCUCCAGGCCCACCACCAGGACCCCCACCAGGCCUUCCACCAGGCCCACCACCACGGGGACCUCCUCCCAGAUUACCACCACCAGCACCCCCAGGUAUCCCACCUCCCCGACCAGGUAUGAUACGUCCGCCAAUGGCCCCUCCACUGGGGCCUGCACCGCCAGGAUUGUUCCCUCCAGCCCCAGUGCCAAACCCUGGUGUCCUCAGUGCUCCUCCAAGUCUCAUCCAGCGUCCAAAAAUGGAUGAGACUGUGACCACCAUCGAGAAGAAAGCAAUCGCCACCAUCAGUGCAAAGCCGCAAAUCACCAACCCUAAGGCUGAGAUCACGCGCUUUGUCCCCACUGCACUGCGUGUAAAACGAGAAAGCAAGAGUCAGGCACCGGUGAAGAAGGGAGAGGAAGAGAUUGUUGCCCCAACAAAGCCAGUACCAAAAGCCACACCUGCUGUCUCUAUCCAAACAAAGGACGAUAUCUACGAAUCAUUCAUGAAAGAAAUGGAAGGACUUUUGUAACUAACCCAGAUGUGAGCUCUCUUCUUGUCCUGGACCUACCAACUUCUUGGCAUUUGUUUGAGAUUUGUGUAUAUUCAUUUCUGAGCCUGCUGUGUAUUCUUUUCAUACAUUUGUGAAAUUUGAAUGCUCGUGUGAUGUACAGACUGAACAAACAUUAUACAUGCAGUAAAGCUCAGCCUGAUGGUUGAAGUUCAGUAGUUGA